CUCCGAGGGCCACAGUUAAUCACCGCCUCGUCCAUGAAUUAGGGACGGAGGCCGCAUAAAGAAGCGCCCCCACACCCGAAGGAGUGAACAUAAUUAUUGCUGGCAGGAGGCUGGCCAGCGCCGCGUGUAAGGAGAAUACUGAUAACGUCUAAAAGAAUCACAUCAUUUGGCGAGGCGCAGAAAAAAAAUACUGAGGCUCACAUUUCAAAAACAGAAUGCAGGGGGCGAGGGGGGAGGGCUGCCGGGGCGAGGGUCUGGGAGGGCGUGAAGGAGCCGGCCAGCAGGAGCAUCACCUCUGCUCCCGACAGGUUGAUGCUUCAGUGCGAAAAUAUCUUCACGGGAGCAUCCGGGGCGCUCAGUAGUCUUUCAGCAAGGAGAUAACGCUGCAAAAUUUGGGUAUUCAGUGUAGUCAGUGUGCACAUUUGCAGAUGCCGUCAGACCUCUAGGAGACGUGCGGCAGAGCAAAAAAACUAGAAUCAGAAAGGUUUUUAUAGUGUUUUCAUUUCUAUUCCCUUUAUGCCUGUGUUAUGCUAUUGUUUUUCCCUUUCCUCGUGCUGGUCUGGGCCGGCGGAACGGGCGUGCGGGGCGAGGUGAAGGAGGUGGAGGUGCAGCAGGAGGAUCGGCUGAGGUGGCCGGACGGCGUCGUGCACUACAGCAUCAGCGAAGGCUUCACCGUCCAGCAGUUCAAGUGGGUCCGCAAGGCCAUGGACAUUAUCGAGGCAGAGACGUGCAUCUUAUUCGAGGAACGCAAAAACGCUGAGCGCCGCAAGCCGCCGAGAACCUUGUACAUAAAGCCGGGCUACGGAUGCACCUGCAAAGUGGGUUACCAGACCUUCGGCUCCGUGCUCAAGCUCCACAAACGCUGCUUUAAAGUGCUCGGCCACGUGGUGCAUGAGCUCCUGCACGCCCUCGGCAUAAGGCACGAACACCAGCGGUUUGACAGGAACUAUUACGUUCAUAUCAACCAGACCGCCAUCAGGACGGCCUACAUCAAGAACUUCUUCAGACGCAGGAGGAGUCUGAGCUACAUUUCCAACGCCGGUCUUCCCUACGACUACGAGAGCAUCAUGCACUACCCCAAGAUCGGCUUCUCGGUGGGCAAGACGCAGGCCAUCAUCACGCCCAUCGUGCCCUGCGCGGCGAUCGGCCAGCGCAGGAGGAUGAGUCCUUCAGACGUGGCCCGCAUCAACCGCCUCUACGCCUGCACGGGCCACUACUUCGGCGACGACAUCCCCGGCGCCGUGCCCUUCAAGGUGUGGCAGCGGCAGGUGCAAAAGCUGCGGCGCCUCGAGGCUCGCAGCAAGUGGUGACCUGCUGCCCCGCCGUCUGCCCCGCCAGCCCCGCUGCGGCUCACUAAGUAUACCCUUAACUUUUUACGAUAACGAGCAUGUUAAACUAUAUCCACCGUAUUACUGGACUGAAUAAAGCCAUGGCGGGAUUAGCGACACUGUACCGGCCUGAACUUUGAUAACGAUCUCGAGCAGGCUGCCAACACGAUACACUUUACAGCACUCUCUUUGUGAUAA